UUCCUUGUGAGUCGGUCGGGGUGCAUCAAAGAUGGCUUUGGCUAUGAAUGGUAUAUCAACCAACGUACCAUUCAUUCACUGAGGAUAUUUCAAAUACAUAACGGAUUUUCUGGCGUCGAAAGCGAAGGCGAAUAGGCGGCAGUAGCUGUCGCGAGCAGUGUUCACACGCUUGUCGCACUACGGACCGUUCGCUUCCCCGUGCAUACGGUGUUGCCCCCCCCCCGCAACGUUAGCUACUGUAGUGUAGCUGGCUAGUUAGCCGAUUUCGCCAACGUUAGCUACUAGAGGUUAGCUAGAUAGCUGAUGCUAACGAUACUUUGUAAAUAUUUUUAGCCAACGUAGCUAGCCAGUGCUGUUAAAAUGGCUACCAUGGAGAAAUUAAUGAAGGCCUUUGAAUCUCUCAAGUCAUUCCAGCAACAACAAGGACCUCCAACGGCAGAGGAGCUGGUUCAAAAACAGAAAAAGGAGUUGGCCACCACCAAAAAGGACCGAGUGACCCACUGCCUGACCAUAUGUGAGAACAUCGUAGCUCAGUCUCUGAGCUGUGGGAUCAGAACGUCUCCAGAGUUCCAGAAGCUUCUAGGUAUCGCCAUGGAGAUGUUCCUGCUGUGCAGCGACGACCGAGAGUCGGACGUCAGAAUGGUGGCCGACGAGUGCCUGAACAAAAUCAUCAAAGCACUGAUGGAUUCUAACUUACCUAGACUACAGCUUGAGUUGUACAAAGAGAUUAAAAAGAACGGUGCCUCUCGGAGCCUGAGAGCCGCGCUGUGGAGGUUCGCUGAGCUCGCUCAUCUCAUCAGACCACAGAAGUGCAGACCGUACCUGGUGAACCUCCUCCCCUGUCUGACGAGGAUCAUUAAGAGGCAGGAGGAGACCGUUCAGGAGACCCUAGCUGCCGCCGUUCCCAAGAUCAUGUCGGCCCUGGGACACUUCGCCAACGACGGGGAGGUCAAGGUGCUGCUGAAGUCGUUCGUGGCCAACCUGAAGUCCUCGUCUCCAACUCUCCGUCGGACAGCAGCCACCUCAGCCGCCAGCGUGUGUCAGCAUUCCAGACGAGCCAGUUACUUCUACACCUGGUUACUCAAUGUGCUGCUGGGUCUUCUAGUUCCGGGAGAUGAGCUUCCCAGCCACCUGAUACUGGGGGCGUUGUUAACCCUUCGUUACCUGAUGCCUUUACUGCAGCAGUACGACCGGGCCACCAGCCUGAAGGGGAGCUUUGGAGUCAUGAGGAAGGAGGCCGACAUACAGCCCACACCUGAACAGCUGCUGCAGGUGUAUGAGCUGACACUCCACUUCACCCAGCACCAUGACCACAACGUUGUGACUGCCGCUCUGGAGCUCCUGCAGCAGAUGUUCCGGACUCCGCCCCCGGAGCUACUGCACAUGCUCAUUACGCCCGGCAGCAUUCUGCACGCCAGCAUCUUCCGCCAGGACAUCGAGAGCCGCGCCCGUUCCGGCAGCAUCCUGGAAUUCAUUGCCGGGGGCGUGUCCUCCUGCAGUAGCCCGCUCAUCCUCAGAAAACAGAAAGGCAAGGUACUGUCAGGGGAGGAGGAGGGCCUUGAGGAUGACCCAGAGAGGGCCGAGGUCACCACGGGGGCCUUCACAGCUGCUGUUGCGGGCAACGAUGGCACGGCACAGGUGGUCGAUAUCAUCACCGAACAGCCCCGCUCCUCCCAGCAUGCACUGCAGCCCGGAGAGUCCGUGGACCUCAGCGGCGCGUCCUCGGAGCAAGUCGGUGGCCUCGGCGCGUCGGGCAGUGGUGAGGGAGCGGCAGGUACCCCCGAGUCACCCAACGACAACACCGCGGAUGAGGACAUGUUGAGUCACAGCUCCAGUGGGGGCGGGGCUAACAAUACUCCGGAAACUGCCGACUACGCCACCCCAGAGAAUGCGGAGAUGCCCGACGGGCUCCUGCUGGACCCCCUGAGAUGCCCCUCACUGCCCCCCAGCGCCGACUCCUCCCAGACCACCACAGAGGGGCCGGACUCCGCCGUCACGCCCUCCGACGUGGCUGAACUCGUGUUGGACGGCAGUGAGAGCCAGUAUUCAGGGAUGCAGAUUGGAACCUUACAGGAUGAGGAAGAGGAGGGAGCCUCACCUUCAUCCCAUGACCCAGAACUUCUUGACCCCUUCUCCCAGUCUGCCCUGGCGCGGAAUAAGCCUCACCUGCUGGAGGGCAGAGGUCACGUCAGGCAGGCAUCUGACAGCAGCGUGGACCGCUUCAUACCAAAGGACGAACCAAUAGAACCCACAGACUUGGAUAACAAGCCGUCGAGGAUAAAGGGUCAUAUUGGUCUCUACACGGACCAGGAGGCGGAGCCCCUGGUACACUGUGUACGACUCCUCUCUGCCUCCUUCCUCCUCACUGGCCAGAGGAAUGGUGUGGUCCCUGAUAAGGAGGUGCGGGUCAGUGUGAAGGCCCUGGCAGUCAGCUGUAUUGGGGCGGCUGCAGCACUUCACCCAGAAGCUUUCUUCAACCCUCUCUACCUGGAACCACUGGAUGGUGUUACUCAGGAGGAGCAGCAGUAUAUCUCUGAUGUGCUGUCCCUGGUGGACCAUGCAGACCCUCAGAUCAGGGGCACCACAGCCAUCCUGACGGGAGCUGUCAUCCAGGCAGCCCUCACCAAGACACGCUACAACAUACACCCCUGGCUGGCCUCUGUGCACAGCUCCACCGGCAACCCCGUAACUUUGGUGGAUCUGAUUCCCGUGCUGCGGAAGACUCUGCGGGACGAAUCCUCCGUCGCAUGCAAGAUGGCCUGCUCUGCAGUCAGGCACUGCAUCAUGACCUUGUGUAGUAGUACUUUGAGUGAGUUGGGUCUCCAGCUUCUCAUUGACCUGCUGACCUUAAAAGACUGCUCCUAUUGGCUGGUCAGAACGGAACUCCUUGACACCAUCGCCGAGAUGGACUUCCGGUUGGUUAACUUCCUGGAGAAGAGAACUGAGACUCUACACAAAGGAGACCACCAUUACACUGGGUUGCUAAGGUUACAGGACCGGGUGUUGAAUGAUGUUGUCAUCCAUCUGUUGGGGGACGAUGAUCCGAGAGUGCGACAUGUCGCCGCGUCCACUGUCAGCAGACUGGUUGGCAGGCUGUUCUUUGAGUGUGACUCGAGCCAGGCUGACUCUGUGGUGGCCAUCGCCCGAGACCAGAGCUCUGUUUACCUACAGCUGCUGAUGCAUGAGACUCUACCGCCGUCGCAGUUCACCGUCUCUACCAUCACCAGGACAUAUCGUGGUUAUAACCUGUGUGUGGGAGUAUCAGACGUCACUGUGGAGAACAACCUCUCCAGAGUCAUCUCUGCCAUUUCCCACGCUCUGACAUCUUCCACGUCUCGAGCCCUGACGUUCGGCUGCUGUGAGGCUCUUCACCUCCUCACCAUCUCCUUCCCAGCAUGCACUUGGAGCACUGGGUGGCACUGUGGGUACGUCAGCUCCACUUUCACACAUCCAAGCCGCUCCAACCUUAACCCAUCCCGGGCACGCUCCCACAGCCUCUCCCAGCCGGGCUCGGGCCCCCUGGAGGAGGGGCGAAGGACCCUGACGGUAGGCAUGGCCAACAUGGUAAUGUCUCUCCUCUCCUCGGCCUGGUUUCCCCUGGACCUCUCUGCCCACCAGGACGCUCUGCUGUUGGCCGGAAACCUGCUGGCUGCGGCGGCCCCUAAGUGUAUGCGAAGCCCAUGGGCGGGGGAAGAGGAAGGUGCACCAGCCCCCACCAAGGCGGAGGAGCCGUGGGCAGCUUUAGGGGAGCGCCCCCUGGUGGUCCUGGUGGAGCAGCUCUUCUCUCACCUCCUCAAGAUAUUGAACAUAUGUGCCCACGUACUGGAAGACACGCCUCCCGGACCCGUCGUCAAGGCGACCCUGCCGUCCCUGGCCAACACUCCGUCUCUCAGCCCCAUUCGAAGGAAAGGAAAAGAGAAGGAACCGACGGAGCCCGGCAACGCCCCCAUCAGCCCUAAGAAAGGAAACGAGACCAACACAGGCCGGACAGCAGAGAGUGCCGGGUCCACCCCAAACGUGGCAAAGUCAACCACCCUGGGCAGCUUCUACCAUCUGCCCACCUACCUCAAACUGUAUGACGUCCUCAAAGCCACGCAUGCUAACUACAAGGUUACGCUGGACCUCCGUAGCACCAACGAGAAGUUUGGAGGCUUCCUCCGUUCCACCUUGGAUGUUCUGUCCCAGCUCCUGGAGAUGGCCACACUACAUGACAUCGGGAAGUGUGUGGAGGAGAUACUAAGCUACCUGAAGGCCUGUUUCUCCAGGGAACCUAUGAUGGCAACAGUCUGUGUCCAACAGUUGUUGAAGACGUUGUUUGGCACCAACCUAGCCUCCCAGUACGAGGGGGCCCAGGGCGGUCCCAGUCGAUCCCAGGGAAAGGCUCUCCGCCUGGGCUCGUCCAGCCUGCGGCCUGGCCUCUACCACUACUGCUUCAUGGCCCCCUACACCCACUUCACCCAGGCCCUCGCUGACGCCAGCCUCAGGAACAUGGUGCAGGCAGAGCAGGAGCAGGACGCCUCGGGGUGGUUUGAUGUGAUGCAGAAGGUAUCCAACCAGCUGAGGUCCAGCAUCACCAAUGUCACCAAACACAGGGGAGAUAAGAAUGCGAUCCACAACCACAUCCGUCUGUUCGAGCCGCUGGUGAUCAAGGCUCUGAAGCAGUACACCACCUCUACCUCAGUGGCUCUGCAGCGACAGGUUCUGGACCUACUGGCCCAGCUGGUCCAGCUCAGAGUCAACUACUGCCUCCUGGACUCCGACCAGGUCUUCAUAGGUUUCGUCUUGAAGCAGUUUGAGUACAUUGAAGUGGGGCAGUUCAGAGAUUCGGAGGCCAUUGUCCCCAACAUUUUCUUCUUCCUGGUUCUACUGUCAUAUGAGCGCUACCACUCCAAACAGAUCAUCAGCAUCCCCAAGAUCAUCCAGCUCUGUGACGGCAUCAUGGCCAGCGGGCGGAAGGCUGUUACACACGCCAUCCCAGCCUUGCAGCCAAUAGUCCAUGACCUGUUUGUGUUGAGGGGCUCCAACAAGGCGGACGCUGGGAAAGAGCUUGACACGCAGAAGGAGGUGGUGGUCUCCAUGCUGCUACGACUCAUACAGUACCACCAGGUGCUGGAGAUGUUCAUCCUGGUUCUCCAGCAGUGUCACAAGGAGAACGAGGACAAGUGGAAGAGGCUAUCCCGGCAGAUUGCUGACAUCAUACUUCCCAUGAUCGCAAAACAACAGAUGCACCUGGACUCCCCAGAAGCCCUUGGCGUGUUGAACACCCUGUUUGAGACGGUCGCGCCAUCCUCCCUCCGUCCCGUCGACAUGCUUCUGAAGAGCAUGUUCACAACUCCCGUUACCAUGGCUAAUGUCAACACAGUCCAACUGUGGGUGUCCGGUAUCCUGGCUGUCCUGCGCGUCCUCAUCUCCCAGUCCACGGAAGACAUCGUCCUGUCCCGCGUCCACGAGCUCUCCCUCUCUCCCCUCCUCCUCUGCCACCCCGUCAUCCGCCGGCUGCACCAGGACAGCGGCCCGCCGACGCCCCCGCCGGCUGACCCCCCCGUGCCCGUCUGCCAGGAGGGGAACCCUGAGAGGGUGCUUCCAGAGGAGACCUUCUCCCGGUUCCUACUGCAGUUAGUGGGCGUGUUGUUGGAAGACAUCUCCACCCGGCAGGUGAAGGUGGACAUGACAGAACAGCAACACACCUUCUACUGCCAACAGCUGGGCACUCUGCUCAUGUGUCUCAUUCACAUCUUCAAGAGUGGAAUGUUCCGUAGGAUAACCUCAGCAGCCACUCGUCUUCUGAAGGGCGAGGCUUUUCCGCCCGGUGCUCCAGGUGCUCCAGGGACCUCUGAGGGGGGCGUGUUCUACCCCCUAGAGGGCCUUAAUGCCAUGGUGGGUUGCCUGGUGACCACACACCCCUCCCUGGUUCUGCUGUGGUGUCAGGUCCUCCUCAUCAUCAACUACACCAACUACAGCUGGUGGGCAGAGGUCCAUCAGACACCCAGGAGACACAGCCUGUCCAGUACCAAGCUGCUAACCCCUCACUCCUCUGCAGAGGAGAGACCUGAGGCCCGGCUGGCCAUGUGUAACAGAGAGAUUGUACGGAGAGGAGCCCUCAUCCUAUUCUGUGACUACGUGUGUCAGAACCUCCACGACUCAGAGCACCUGACAUGGCUAAUCGUCAACCACGUCCGUGACCUCAUCAACCUUUCCCAUGAGCCUCCAGUGCAGGACUUCAUCAGCGCCAUCCACCGCAACUCCGCUGCCUCGGGCCUCUUCAUCCAGGCCAUACAGUCACGGUGUGACGACGUGUCCACGCCAACCAUGUUGAAGAAGACCCUCCAGUGUCUGGAAGGAAUCCACCUGUCCCAGUCUGGCUCCUUGCUGAUGCUCUACGUGGACAAACUCCUGAGUACCCCUUUCCGAGUCCUGGCUCGCAUGGUGGACACGCUGGCCUGCCGCAGGGUAGAGAUGCUGCUGGCUGAAACACUACAGAACAGUAUAGCCCAGCUGCCUCUAGAGGAACUGGACAGGAUCCAGGAAUACCUUCAGGCCAGUGGACUAGCUCAACGGCACCAGAGGUUCUAUUCCCUGCUGGACAGGUUCCGAGCCACCAUCGCCGAGGAGACCAGCAGCCCCGCCCCUCCCAUGACAUCACAUCCCCUGGAUGGGAAUCCGCCCCCCGCCCCAGAGCUUGUCAAUGCAGACAAGGAUUGGUACGUUGCCCUGGUGAAGUCCCAGUGUUGUCUCCGUGGUGACGGGUCGCUCCUGGAGACCACGGAACUCCUGACCAAACUACCUCCGGAGGAUCUCUAUACCAUCAUGACAUGCAAGGACUUCAACCUCUCCCUCCUCUGUCCAUGUCUGAGUCUGGGUGUUCAGAGGUUGACCAGGGGUCAGGGGUCGUUGCUGUUGGAGACGGCUCUGGGCGUGACCCUGGAGCAGCUGAGCAAAGUCACGCAGCUCCUUCCCGUUCCUCACCAUUCCUUCCUGCCUCCGACCAAAUCCGACCCUGGCGACCCCUACUGGGACCAGCUGACCCUUGUAUACGGGGAGGCUGGCCUCUACCCCCAGGUCAUGUGUCUGUGCAAGGCCCUGUCUCAGUAUCUGGUCACCGUGGGGCAGCUGCCCUCCUCUCUGCAGAUCCCCAAAGACAAACAACACCUGAUCACCUCCUUCACCACCAUGACCGCCGAGAUGAUGGUGUGGGGUGUUCUCCAGGACCGAGUCCCCCUCAGCGUAGACCUCCAGGGGGCCGUGUCCUGCCUCUGUCUGGCCCUACAGCAGCCCUGUGUCUGGAACAGCCUUUCCACAGCCCCCUACAGCACACACACCUGUUCCCUCAUACACUGUCUACGACUCCUCAUCGUCGCAGUGUCUGUGGGUCCAGGGGACCAGCUCCUCCGUCCAGAGAGGAAGAUGACCACCCUGUCAGAGUCAGACCAGACAGACGCUCCACACCCUGACUACGUGUGUGAGCGGCGGUCCUGUGAGAUCAUGGCUGAGCUGGUGGAGGGUCUCCAGACUGUUCUGUCGUUGGGUCACCAUAGAAACAACAAAAUCCCAGCCUUCCUCACCCCGAUGCUACGCAACAUCAUCAUCAGUCUGUCCAGAUUACCGCUGGUCAACAGCUACACCAGGGUCCCAGCGCUGGUGUGGAAGCUGGGCUGGUCUCCUCGUCCGGGAGGAGAGUUUGGUACGACCCUACCUGAGAUACCUGUUGAGUUCCUCCAGGAGAAGGAUGUCUUCAGAGAGUUCCUGUAUCGCAUCAACACACUGGGCUGGAGCAGCAGGACCCAGUUUGAGGAGACUUGGGCUACAUUACUGGGGGUCCUGGUCACACAACCCCUCCCAAUGGACCAAGAGGAAGAGAGACAGCAGGAGGAGGAUUUAGAGCGUACCCAGUUGAAUGUUUUGGCGGUUCAGGCCAUCACCUCCCUGGUCCUCAGUGCAAUGACACUUCCUGCUGCUGGAAACCCAGCUGUCUCCUGUAUGGAGCAACAGCCUAGGAACAAGACGCUGAAGGUCCUAGACACAAGGUUUGGCAGGAAGUUGUCAGUGAUCAGAGGGGCGGUGGAGAGAGAGAUCCAGGCUAUGGUCUCCAAGAGAGACAACGUCCACACACACCAUCUCUACCACGCAUGGGACCCUGUUCCCUCCCUGUCAGCGGCUUCACCAGCAGGUACCCUGAUCAGCCAUGAGAAGCUCCUCCUCCAGAUCAACACCGAGAGGGAGAUGGGCAACAUGGAGUACAAACUGGGACAGGUGUCCAUCCAUUCUGUGUGGCUGUGUAAUAACAUCACUCCUCUGAGAGAGGAAGAAUGGGGUGAUGAUGAGGAAGAUGAGAGUGAUCCCCCUGCCGUCGCCUCUCCUCCUACCUCUCCUAUCAACUCCAGGAAGCACCGCGCGGGUGUCGACAUCCACUCCUGUUCUCAGUUCCUGUUGGAGCUUUACAGCCAGUGGCUUCUUCCCGGUUCCCCAGGCAGCAGACGCACCCCGGUCGUGCUGGUCAGCGAGGUCGCCCGAUCGUUAUUAGCGGUGUCGGACCUCUUCACGGAGCGUAACCAGUUCCACAUGAUGUUCAACACCCUGAGCGAGUUGCAGAAGACCCACCCAGCUGAGGACGAGAUCUUGAACCAGUACCUGGUGCCUGCUCUCUGCAAGGCCGCUGCUGUUCUCGGCAUGGACAAGGCGACAGCGGAGCCCGUGUGUCGUCUGUUGGAGGUGACCUUGCGCAGCACCCACCUCCCCAGCCGCAUGGGGGCUCUCCACGGGGUCCUGUACGUCCUGGAGUGUGACCUGCUGGACGACACCGCCAAACAGCUCAUACCCGCCGUGUCCGAGUAUCUCCUGUCCAACCUACGGGCCAUCGCUCACUGUAUAAAUCUUCACAACCAGCAGCAUGUGUUGGUGAUGUGUGCUGUGGCCUUCUACAUGAUAGAAAACUACCCUCUGGACGUGGGUGCGGAGUUCACCGCCGGCGUUAUACAGAUGUGCGGUGUGAUGGUGUCGGCCAGCGAAGACUCCACCCCCUCUGUGAUCUACCACUGUGUGCUCCGUGGGCUGGAGCGCCUCCUGCUGUCGGAGCAGCUCUCCCGCGUGGACGGAGAAGCCCUGGUCAAACUGAGCGUGGACCGGGUCAACAUGCCCAGCCCUCACAGGGCCAUGUCCGCGUUGGGUCUCAUGCUGACCUGCAUGUACACAGCGGUGCAUACCUCUACGUCAGAGGUUAGAGGUCAAGGGUCAGAGGUUACCCCGGGUCCUCUUGCUUUCUCCUCAGGCAAGGAGAAGGCCAGCCCUGGUCGCCCGGGUGACGCCGUAGACUCCCAGACCCCUGACAGUGAGUCAGUCAUCGUCGCCAUGGAGAGGGUCUCUGUGCUUUUCGACAGGAUUCGUAAGGGUUUUCCUAGUGAGGCUCGGGUGGUGGCUCGGAUACUUCCUCAGUUCCUGGAUGACUUUUUCCCGCCGCAGGACGUAAUGAACAAGGUCAUUGGAGAGUUUCUAUCCAAUCAGCAGCCAUACCCACAGUUCAUGGCCACAGUUGUGUACAAGGUGUUCCAGACUCUCCAUGCUACAGGCCAGUCCAGCAUGGUCAGAGACUGGGUGUUGCUGUCUCUUUCCAACUUCACCCAGAGAACCCCCAUUGCCAUGGCCAUGUGGAGUCUGUCCUGCUUCUUCGUCUCAGCGUCCACGUCACAGUGGAUCUCGGCACUGUUGCCCCAUGUGAUCAGUCGUAUGGGGAAGAGUGAGGUGGUGGACGUCAACCUGUUCUGUGUGGUGGCCAUGGACUUCUACAGACACCAGAUAGAUGAGGAGCUGGACCGAAGAGCCUUCCAGUCUGUCUUUGAGACAGUGGCCUCACCCGGCAGCCCCUACCACCUGCUACUGGGCUGUCUGCAGAACAUCCACCUGGACACGUCCCUCUGAGCGAACCACGCUUCACCCGGCAGAACAUCCCACUGGACACGUCCCUCUGAGAAACCACGCUUACCCAGCAGAACAUCCCACUGGACACGUCUCUCUGAGAGAACCAGGCUUCACCCGGCAGAACGUCCCACUGGACACGUCCCUCUGAGAGAACCACUCUUCACCCGGCAGAACAUCCCACUGGACACAUCCCUCUGAGAAACCACGCUUACCCAGCAGAACAUCCCACUGGACACGUCUCUCUGAGAGAACCAGGCUUCACCCGGCAGAACGUCCCACUGGACACGUCCCUCUGAGAGAACCACUCAUCACCCGGCAGAACAUCCCACUGGGCACAUCCCUCUGAGAGAACCAGGCUUCACCCGGCAGAACAUCCCACUGGACACAUCCCUCUGAGAGAACCAGGCUUCACCCGUUAGAACGUCCCACUGGACACUUUCCUGAGAAUAUCAGGUGUCAUUCAGCAGUCUAACCAGUGUCUGACAGGAGACAUAGAAAGGAGGCAGUCUCAGAGUGCUUCGUACUCCCAAGAAACCCUCCCACUGCCACCAAAUACAUCCCAUCCCCACCUCAUAGAAUUGACUCUUCCCUCCUACUCGCACCUGACCUCUUCCCACCGAAUAACCCAAACGCCCAACUCCUCCCACCUGACCCCUUCCCACCCAAUAACCCAAACGCCCAACUCCUCCCACCUGACCCCUUCCCACCCAAUAACUCAAACGCCCAACUCCUCCCACCUGACCCCUUCCCACCCAAUAACCCAAACGCCCAACUCCUCCCACCUGACCCCUUCCCACCCAAUAACCCAAACGCCCAACUCCUCCCACCUGACCCCUUCCCAUCCAAUAACUCAAACGCCCCUACUCCUCCCACCUGACCCCUUCCCACCCAAUAACCCAAACGCCCAACUCCUCCCACCUGACCCCUUCCCACCCAAUAACCCAAACGCCCAACUCCUCCCACCUGACCCCUUCCCACCCAAUAACUCAAACGCCCAACUCCUCCCACCUGACCCCUUCCCACCCAAUAACUCAAACGCCCAACUCCUCCCACCUGACCCCUUCCCACCCAAUAACCCAAACGCCCAACUCCUCCCACCUGACUCCUUGUUCUGCCUUCUAAACAAAGGAGCGUAAGGGUCAUCUUAGAGCACUAUGAAGCGAUACACUGGCUGCUUAAGCAUCUUAGUUCCACUUACCCUCUUAUCUACCAGAACCGCUUAUUAGGGCGGACGACAACAACCUUUCCACCUGUAUAUAACUUGAGAAACUUCCAGCACCUUGACCAUGAACAAAGAAAAUAAUGAAUUAGAAAAAAAAAAA